AUGUUGGUCGCUUCCCCAUCGUCUGGUCCACCCCCUCGCCUGACAGCCCUGGCGGCUGAGCGCCCCCAGUGGAGACACGAGGAGCCCAUGGCCCAGACCUUGAAGACAUCCGACCACCGCCGAUUACGAUUGACCGGGGGUGGAAGUACAUGUGCUGGACGACUGGAGCUUUAUUACCACGGUUCUUGGGGCACAGUUUGUAAUGACUUAUGGGAUCUGCUUGACGAUAACGUGGUCUGCAGGCAGCUGGGUUGUGGAUAUGCUUUGCAAGAUAAACCUCUUGGAUACUGUGGAGGAAGUCGUGGUCCUAUUUGGUUGGAUGAAGUAAGAUGCUCGGGUAACGAAUCAUAUCUCUGGGAGUGUCCCUCCGCACCACUGGGUGAACACGAUUGCAGUCAUAAAGAAGAUGUGACAGUGAAGUGUUCUGAGCACAAAGAGAUGCGCCUGGUGAACGGAGAGCAUCGAUGUGAAGGGAGAGUGGAAGUGCGGUACAACGGGACAUGGGGGACAGUGUGCUACGAGAAGCUUUACAGAAAGGAAGCGGAAGUGAUCUGCAAACAAAUGAAAUGUGGACCUUUCAAAUCUUAUUAUGGCGCCUGGAAAUAUGGAGCGGGUUCUGGGCCCAUAUGGCUCGAUGAGAUGGAAUGUAAUUCGCACGAGUCG